UGGGGUUUGUACGAUCUUGGUGUUUUGUAGUUCGUAAUUGACUAUAAAAGCAAUUAUUUUCCUUUAUUUUCUUUCUUUGUUUGCUAUUUUUUACAAGAAUUAAUUUUAUUUUAUCAAAUCAUAUGUUUUGAAAGUGUUUGAUAAAAGGCCUGGCUGAACUGCAAUUAUUGCAAUUGAAAGUCUAGGUUAUAAAUUGAAUGAAAAAAAAAUUUAUUGUCAAAUUAUUGUAGUUUGAACAGCACAAAUUGAUUAACUCAGUGUUUGGGAGGCAACUCAUUGAGGGUUAGAUAGAUCAAUCUUUCACUUAGUAUCACUGUCAAAUUGAUAUGUUAAACUAGUGGACAUUUGCAAGUAAACCCAUCUCAACUGCCCAGGAUGUAACAACUAUGUGGGGUUGGCCAGAUCAAUCCACUUUCUUGAUUUGGCUUUUGGAAGGAAACAUGUAAUUUAAAUGGGUUCAUGUGUCUUUGAAUUUUAUUUUCAUAUGUACUUGGCUUGAUACUGGCUUUAUGAGAUUAUAUUGGUUUUGUUUCUCAGUUUUUAUUUAGCUUUUGAGCCAUAUGCUUCAAAAGAAAUCUUCUUUUUUUUUCUUUGGGUGCUGUGAAUGCUUGCUUGGCCUACGUAAAAUUCUAGAUUUUUCUGUAAUUGGCAUCUCUUUUAUGUUAAUAUAUGAAUUUGUACUUUUACAGUGUAGUUAUUUGAUACUUUUAAAGGUUAGUAUCCUUAUUGUUAGGCAUCAUUUUGUGGUUUUUUCAAAGGGCUUAGUGCAGUUGUUUGUUUUACUCAUGUUGUUUGUAUCAAAUUAGAAUGGUUGAGGUAGAGCAAGAGGCAAAUAAAACCACUCUGCUAGAGGAAGCAAACCCGAAAUCCAGCGAUGAAAGGACAGAAAAUAGGAAGAAGAAAAGGAAGAGACAGUUAUUAAAGGAAGCUGCAAUGGCCGACAAACGUGGGGUUUGCUACUUAAGUCGGAUUCCUCCACACAUGGAUCCUUUGAAGCUACGACAGAUUCUCUCUCAGUAUGGAGAAAUUCAAAGAAUUUACCUUACACCUGAAGAUCCUGUGGCUCAGGUGCAUCGUAAACGAGCUGGUGGAUUUCGAGGAGUAGAAUUUUCGGAAGGGUGGGUUGAAUUUUCUAAAAGAAGUAUUUCCAAGAGGGUUGCAAAGAUGUUAAAUGGUGAACAAAUAGGUGGGAGGAAAAGGUCAGCGUUCUUUUAUGAUCUUUGGAAUAUCAAGUACUUGAGUAAAUUCAAAUGGGAUGAUCUUACUGAGGAGAUUGGUAUGGAUGUUUUUAACCAUUUGCGGCCUGUUGGGAUUUGGCUAACUCCAGAGCCAAUUCCUUACGUAAGUGCUCGUUCUUAGCCAUCAUAUCUUCUAGAUGCUGUUCGUUUCAUUUUGCUUGAUCCAUGAUCGUCUGCACAGUCUCCUGCACAGAAGUUGAGAGUGAGGUUUGAGCUACUGGGUCAAAGUUUAGGGCCCUUCGUGCAAUGAUAUUCUCCUGUCCAAGCAUGUUUCUUGGAGUAAUGUCAUCUCUUGGUGUAAUAUCGUUAGCAACUAUCGAAGGAUCAUCUCUCCCGCCUGCCAUGAACGUACUUGAGUAUUCCCACAAACGGCACCAACUGUGGUAAAGUGGUUUGGAAAUACUCUUGGAUCCAGUUAGAUGCUCUUGAUCCUCUGAUUGCUACCUGAAAAAAGGGAUGAACACUACAGUCGAGGGUGCCAGAAUUAACAUUCCGACGAACAAGGCCCACCUUCUCAUCAUCACCUUUCGCCAUCAUAUCUGGGACCCCCAGGUACGUUAGAAGCUUUUCGGCAUACUCAGCCUGCAGGCUGGAUUCUACUUGGCCUUGCUCUUGUUCAAAUGGGUUUGGCCAUGCCAAGUUAGC